GUCGUUCUUUCGCGAGUUGUCUGCUACAGUGAAUGUUCCUUGGUUAUAAGCCCGUUACGAAAACACCUCGAGAAACCAAGGACAUCAAUCAGAAAAGGUCGUUUCUGCUGGUUGUGAAAUAUCUUGACGCGCAGCUCAUUUUACUGAUAGUCUAUAGUGCAAUAUGGGUAACCAUUCGUCGCUGUUGCUGAGAGAAGAAGAAAUUGAAACCAUCCAACAAGAAACUGGUUUCACACCUAAUCAAAUUGAACGUCUCUACAGCCGAUUCACCAGCCUGGACAAAGGUGACAAUGGAUUCCUGUGCAGGGAAGACUUCCACCGAAUCCCAGAGUUAGCCAUUAAUCCCUUAGGGGACCGUAUUGUUAAUGCCUUCUUCUGUGAGUCUGGUUCUGAAGACCAACUAAAUUUCAGACAGUUCAUGAAAGUAUUGGCCCACUUCCGACCUGUGAAGAAAGACAAGGAGAAUAAGUUGAAUUCUAGGGAAGGCAAGCUGAGAUUUGCCUUUCAAAUGUAUGAUACAGACAAUGAUGAGCAAAUUUCCAAGGAAGAAUUGCUAGGUGUUCUUCAAAUGAUGGUUGGUGACAACAUCAGUGAGGAACAGCUCGUUAGCAUUGCGGAAAGAACUAUUGUCGAGGCCGACAAGGAUGGUGACCAAAUGAUUUCAUUCCAAGAGUUCUGCGCCGCUUUGGAGAGGACUGAUGUGGAGCAGAAAAUGUCCAUCCGGUUUUUGAAUUAACGCAACCAAAAAAGUUCUCCUGUCAGCACUUACCGAAAAUUACAGUGAACAUUUUGUACAACUUUACUCUCUCUCUUUCUACUACUAUUACGAUUUCUAAUACUAAUUUAAGUCGCACAAAUAUUUAGGGCCACCCUACCGUAUACAUACAGAUAUCGUUUUUCAUGACUUUUUAGAGUCUCUCGGGUGUUAGUGUGUGAUCUUUUUUUGGUGGUGGGGGAGUUUUGAUUGUCACUUUGUAAUAAAUAAUAACGGCAGAAAAACCAA